CAGAAGCUGAAAUGUGGUCUGAAGAAGAGGUUCCAGUGUGUGUUUGAGGGAGUCGCUAAACAAGGACAGCCGACCCUCCUGAACCAGAUCUACACAGAGCUCCACAUCACAGAGGGAGGGACUGCAGAGGUCAAUCAGGAACAUGAGGUCAGACAGAUUGAAGCAGCAUCCAGUGCAACAGACAGAGCAGAAACUAGCAUCAGACCAGGAGACAUCUUUAAAGGCCCACCUGGAAGAUCUCAGCCAAUCAGAACAGUGCUGACAAAGGGAGUGGCUGGCAUUGGGAAAACAGUCCUGACUCAGAAGUUCACUCUGGACUGGGCUGAAGACAAAGACAACCAGGACAUCCACUUCAUAUUUCCAAUCACCUUCAGAGAGCUGAAUGUAGUGAAGGAGGAGAAGUUCAGCUUGGUGGGACUUGUUCAUCACUUCUUCAAUGAAGCUAAAAAAGCAAGAAUCCACAACUUUGAUGAAUUCCAGGUGAUCUUCAUCUUUGAUGGUCUGGAUGAAUAUCGAAUCCCUCUGAACUUCCACCACACUGACUUUCUGACUGAUGUCACAGAGUCGACCUCAGUGGAUGUUCUGCUGAUAAACCUCAUCAGUGGGAAUCUGCUUCCCUCUGCUCGCCUCUGGAUCACCACACGACCUGCAGCAGCCAAUCAGAUCCCUGCUGACUGUGUGGACAUGGUGACAGAGGUCCGAGGGUUCACCGACCCCCAGAAGGAGGAGUACUUCAGGAGGAGGUUCAGAGAGGAGGAGCAGGCCAGCAGGAUCAUCUCCCACAUCAAGACCUCCCGAAGCCUCCACAUCAUGUGCCACAUCCCGGUCUUCUGCUGGAUCACUGCUACAGUUCUGGAGAAGGUGUUGAAGAGCAGAGAGGGAGGAGAGCUGCCCAAGACACUUACUGAAAUGUACAUCCACCACCUGGUGGUCCAGGCCAAAGUCAAGAAGGUCAAGUAUGAUGGAGGAGCUGCCACAGAUCCACACUGGAGUCCAGAGAGCAGGGAGAUGAUAGAGUCUCUGGGAAAACUGGCUUUUGAUCAACUGCAGAAAGGAAACCUGAUCUUCUAUCCAGCUGACCUGACAGAGUGUGGCAUCGAUCUCACAGCAGCCUCAAUGUACUCAGGAAUGUUCACACAGAUCUUCAGAGAGGAGAGUGGCCUGUACCAGGACAUGGUGUUCUGCUUCAUCCAUCUGAGCCUUCAGGAGUUUCUGGCUGCUCUUCAUGUCCAUCAGACCUUCAUCAAUUCUGGAAUCAACCUGCUGAAAAACAUAACAAUAUUGAGGUGGCCAAAAAUGUUUCAUACACCUAAGCUCCACCAUCUCCAUCAGAGAGCAGUGGACGAGGCCUUGAAGAGUCCAAAUGGACACCUGGACUUGUUCCUGCGCUUCCUCCUGGGUCUUUCACUGGAGACCAAUCAGAGUCUCCUUCAAGGUCUGUUGACACAGAGACGAAGUAGCUCACAGACCAACCAGGAAACAGUCCAGUACAUCAAGAAGAAGCUGAGUGAGAGUCAGUCUGCAGAGAGAAGCAUCAAUCUGUUCCACUGUCUGAAUGAACUGAAUGAUGGUUCUCUGGUGGAGCAGAUCCAACAGUCCCUGAGAUCGGGAAGUCUCUCCUCAUAUGAACUGUCUCCUGCUGGGUGGUCAGCUCUGGUCUUCAUCUUACUGUCAUCAGAAGAAGAAGAGCUGAAGGAGUUUGACCUGAAGAAAUACUCUGCUUCAGAGAAGGCUCUUCUGAGGCUGCUGCCAGUGGUCAAAGCCUCCAACAAAGCUCUGUUGAGCGGCUGUGGUCUGUCAGAGAGAAGCUGUGAAGCUCUGUCCUCAGUUCUCAGCUCUCAGUCCUCCAGUCUGACACAUCUGGACCUGAGUAACAACGACCUGCAGGAUUCAGGAGUGAAGCGUCUGUGUCUUGGACUGGAGAGUCCUCACUGUAAACUGGAAGCUCUCAGUCUGUCAGGGUGUCUGGUCUCAGAGGAAGGCUGUGCUUCUCUGGUCUCAGCUGUGAGAUCCGAGUCCUCCCAUCUGAGAGAGCUGGACCUGAGCUACAACCAUCCAGGAGACUCAGGAGUGAAGGAGCUGUCAGCGGCAGUGGAGGAUCCACACUGCUCACUGGAGACUCUCAGGGUGGACCAUGGUGGACAGCAGAGGCUCAAACCUGGACUGAGGAAGUAUUUCUCUCAACUUCAACUGGAUGAAAACUCCAUGAACAGAUUCCUCAAACUGUCCAACAACAACAGGAAGGUGACACAUGUGGAUGAAGAGCAGCCGUAUCCUCAUCAUCCUCACAGAUUUGAUUACUGUCCCCAGCUGCUGUGUAGAAAUGAUCUGAGUGGUCGAUGUUACUGGGAGGUCGAGUGGAGCGAAGGUGUUGAUAUAUCAGUGAGUUACAGAGGAAUCAGAAGGAAAGGACGCUAUGAUGAGUGUGUGUUUGGAGAGAAUCAUCAGUCCUGGAGUCUGGAGUGCAGUGAUGAAGGUUACUCUGUCUGGCACAAUAACAGAGCAACAUUCCUCUCCUCCUCCUUCUUCUCCUCCAAGUCUGGUAGAGUAGCAGUGUAUGUGGACUGUCCUGCUGGCUCUCUGUCCUUCUUCAGAGUCUCCUCUGACUCUCUGAUCCACCUCUACACUUUCAACACGACAUUCACUGAACGUCUAUAUGCUGGCUUUCACCUCCGGCUGUAUGGUUCUUCAAUGCCCCGCGCCAGGGGACAUCGACGUGCGCAGGCCCUGAGACGCAGGACGGCGCAGCCCCAGGACUGGAGUCCUGCACCUGCCGUCCCGGAGUUCGUGGCCCGGCGUGGCACGGGCUUUCGGCACCGCGUGCGGAGAUGGCCAACUUCCAACCUGACCGGGAAGCCCUGCAAGUUGGUCACUCCUGCCUGGGAUGGACAGAAGAAGCCUCGCACCUAA